CCUCCUCUUUGGAUUCAAGUAUUAUUUCACCGGAUGACAUAAGUGAGUUGUCCGGUGAUUCUCCAGAACCCAAUGACCUUGACAACAACAAUGUGUUGUCAUCAGCACGUACUCAAACUGGAAAAGAUAAACUGCUUAGAACAGAAGUGGUGGAGAUUAAAGAGCAUCUUAAGAAGAAUGAAAAGAAAAGAAAAAGGAAAGGAAAAAAAAAUCGGCAGAAGCAUAAAGCCCAUCACAGAGAAAAGAAGCCUAUCACAAGAAAGGAAGCUGCAGAAGAAGAAGUACGAGAUGAAAGUGAUGAAGAUGAUGGUACUUUCAGAAUUCCAUCUCAUUUCCCAAUUCCUGUUCCACCCAUAGAAGCUCCUCCUUUGCCACCUGGAUGUUCCACCUCAGACACCGCAGUAAGCUGUAUUAAUGCCAAACUCACACAAAUACCACCAAUUUCAGAUCCAGAUCUAAGAAGCCUAGACUUUACAGGAAACAGUAUCACUACUAUUUCAGAUGAAGCAUUCAACGGCAUACCUAAUUUGGAAUGGAUUGAUCUGAGUAAAAACAAUAUUACCUCUCCUGGGAUAGGUCCACAGGCUUUCAAAAUCUUGAAAAAGCUAAAACGUUUGUAUUUGGAUGGAAAUAUGCUGGUACACAUUCCCUCUGGAUUGCCAUCAGCUUUGGAAGAAAUAAAAAUAAAUGACAACCACCUUCAUGCCAUUGAUGAAGACAGCUUACAAGAUUUAAAGAACUUGGUCACCCUGGAAUUAGAAGGAAAUAAACUUAAUGAAGCAAAUGUCAGUCCUUUGGCCUUUUAUCCUUUGAAAAGUCUCUCCUACUUGCGACUAGGAAGAAAUAAUUUUAGAAUUAUCCCACAAGGUCUUCCUGCCACUCUUGAGGAGUUAUACCUUGAAAAUAAUCAAAUUGAAGAAGUGUCAGAAAUUUGCUUCAACCAUACAAGAAGCAUAAAUGUCAUUGUGCUAAAGCACAACAAAUUAGAGGAGCAGAGAAUAGCACCUUUGGCUUGGAUAAACCAAGAGAACUUGGAAUCAAUUGAUCUCUCUUAUAAUAAGCUAUAUCAUGUUCCCUCCUAUCUGCCAAGAUCUUUACUACAUCUGAUACUUAUAGGAAAUCAGAUUGAAAGGAUCCCAGGGUAUGUUUUUGGUCACAUGGAGCCAGGGCUGGAGUAUCUCUACCUGUCCUUUAACAAACUCACUGAUGAUGGAAUAGAUCCGGUAUCGUUUUUCGGAGCAUACCACUCUCUGAGAGAGUUGUUUUUAGAUCACAAUGAAUUAAAGUCUGUACCAUUUGGAAUUGAUGAAAUGAGAAAAUUACGUUUUCUACGACUGAACAAUAAUAAAAUAAGGAUGGUCCCUCCAGAACUCAUCUGCAAGACUCAUAUCAAUGAUGAUGAUGUUCACGACAACAGUGAAGCGGAGGAGAAUCAAGAGUCACGCUUGGAACAUGUUCAUCUUGAAAACAACUAUAUCAAUACAAGACAGCUAUCACCCCAUGCAUUUUCCUGCGUAAGAUCCUACUGCAGUGUUGUUCUUAAACCACAGAAGAUCAAAUAA